GUGGGGAGGGACCUCUUCUGUCACAGCCUAUGUAGAUUAACCUUUCAAUUAGCUGUUAUCAGGUCCUGUGUCUCCGCACCGGCGCUCGCGAUCCGCGCCCGCCCGCACCGGGAGGCCGAGGCUCGGGCCGGGCUCGGCGUUAAUUCCUCGGCGCUAAUUGCCGGCGCGGCUCCCCUCCCCCGCCGGAGCCGAUCCGGCCGUCCACCUUUAGCGCCGGGAGUGCGAAGAGGCGCCCGCCGAGGAGGAGGGGAGGCACAAGGAACCGCUCUGCAGACGCACGCACGGGCAGAGAAAGGAGGUCACGGCCGGCGGAGGGGACCUGCAGCCGAGGGUUGUACCUUUUUUCUGUGAGGAUGUACCCCUGUCAUCAUGAAUGAAUCCUUUCCACGUUUCCAUUUUGGUCAAGUAAUUGGAAGCUCCAGCCAGCAGAUAUUUCCCUGCCUUUUCUGACUCCUCAGGAUGGAUAUUUUUGAGAUGAAUCCCAGCGGUGUGUGGAGCCCUUUGAUUUGUGUUUGAGGUGCGAACGGCCUCCGAAAGAUCUGCUGAAAGGAUAAGGAGGAACCUCUAUGGGUAAACCGUUACUGGUCAACCAUGGUAAAACUUGCCAACCCACUUUAUACCGAGUGGAUUCUUGAAGCUAUACAAAAAGUUAAAAAGCAAAAGCAACGGCCAUCUGAAGAGAGAAUAUGUCACGCUGUUUGUGCUUCCCAUGGAUUAGAUAAGAAGACUGUUUCGGAACAGCUGCAACUUAGUGUUCAAGAUGGUUCUAUUCUUAAAGUUACCAACAAAGGCCUUGCGUCCUACAAGGACCCAGAUAAUCCUGGACGGUUUUCGUCUGUUAAACCUGGCACUAUUCCGAAAUCUGUUAAAGGAUCUAGAGGAGCUUGUAAUGAGCUUCGUAAUGUGGAUUGGAAUAAACUGUUGAGAAGAGCAAUUGAAGGGCUUCAAGAACCAAGUGGCUCCUCACUGAAAAACAUAGAGAAGUAUUUGAGAAGUCAAAAUGACCUAGCAAGUAUUUUCAACAAUCCUGCCUUUCAGCAGAGGUUGCGUCUGGGGGCCAAACGUGCUGUGAACAAUGGCAGAUUACUGAAGGAUGGACCUCAGUAUAGAGUGAAUUAUGGUGGUUUGGAAAGCAAAGGAGCUCCUAAAUAUUCCAGUGGUUUCCCAGCUUCUCUUCCACCUGUCAGCCUUCUACCCCAUGAAAAAGAUCAGCCCCGUGCUGAUCCCAUCCCCAUAUGUAGCUUCUGUUUGGGAACAAAAGAAUCAAAUCGUGAAAAGAAACCAGAAGAGCUGUUGUCUUGUGCAGACUGUGGCAGCAGUGGACAUCCAUCAUGUUUGAAAUUCUGUCCCGAGUUAACAUCAAACGUGAAGGCCUUAAGAUGGCAGUGUAUUGAAUGCAAGACAUGUAGUGCAUGUAGGAUCCAAGGCAAAAAUGCAGAUAACAUGCUUUUUUGCGACUCCUGUGAUAGAGGGUUCCACAUGGAGUGCUGUGACCCACCACUUUCCCGAAUGCCAAAAGGGAUGUGGAUUUGCCAGGUCUGUAGACCAAAGAAGAAAGGGAGAAAGCUACUUCAUGAGAAAGCUGCCCAAAUAAGGCGACGAUAUGCAAAACCUAUCGGACGACCGAAAAAUAAACUAAAGCAACGAAUGUUGUCUGUAACCAGUGAUGAAGGAUCCGUGAAUGCAUUCACAGGAAGGGGGUCACCUGGUAGGGGUCAAAAGACUAAAGUCUGUACCACACCUUCAUCUGGUCAUGCUGCAUCUGUGAAGGAUUCAAGCAGCAGAUUGCCUGUUACAGACCCCACUCGGCCUGGUGCCACCACCAAAAUCACCACCACCUCCACCUACAUAUCUGCCUCUACACUUAAAGUUAACAAGAAAACCAAAGGGCUUAUUGAUGGCCUUACUAAGUUUUUUACCCCAUCACCUGAUGGUCGCAGAUCACGAGGUGAAAUAAUAGACUUUUCAAAGCACUAUCGUCCAAGGAAAAAGGUCUCUCAGAAACAGUCAUGCACUUCUCUUGUGUUGGCUACAGAUACUGAAAUCAAACUAAGCAUCAAACAAGAAAAUACAGAUGUAUAUCUGGUGGGAAGCAAGGACACGGUUACGCAGGAGGAUUUGGACGUAUUUAAACAGGCUCGGGAACUUUCCCUAGAGAAAAUUGGGUGUAAAAACACUGCUGAUACAAGUGGGCGAUACCCUUCGGUGAUAGAGUUUGGAAAAUAUGAGAUCCAGACAUGGUACUCUUCACCUUACCCACAGGAAUAUGCAAGACUACCAAAGCUUUACCUGUGUGAAUUCUGUCUUAAAUACAUGAAAAGUAAAAACAUUUUGUUAAGGCAUUCAAAGAAGUGUGGCUGGUUUCAUCCUCCAGCCAAUGAAAUCUACAGAAGAAAUGACCUGUCAGUGUUUGAGGUUGAUGGAAACGUGAGCAAAAUUUAUUGUCAGAACCUUUGUUUGUUAGCUAAGCUCUUUCUGGACCACAAAACCUUGUAUUAUGAUGUUGAACCAUUCCUCUUCUAUGUUCUUACAAAAAAUGAUGAGAAAGGAUGCCAUUUAGUUGGAUAUUUCUCUAAGGAAAAGCUUUGCCAGCAGAAGUACAAUGUCUCCUGCAUAAUGAUCAUGCCCCAAUACCAAAGGCAAGGAUUUGGAAGGUUUCUCAUUGAUUUCAGCUAUUUACUUUCUAGAAGAGAGGGUCAAGCAGGAUCCCCUGAAAAGCCAUUAUCUGAUCUGGGUCGUCUCUCUUAUUUGGCUUACUGGAAAAGUGUAAUAUUAGAAUAUCUUAACUGCCACCAUGAAAAGCAAAUCAGCAUCAAAGGAAUGAGUCGAGCUACUGGAAUGUGUCCACAUGAUAUUGCCACUACUCUGCAGCAGCAUAGCAUGAUAGAUAAAAGGGAAGAUAGAUUUGUAAUUAUUAGAAGGGAAAAGCUGAUUUCAAGUCACAUGGAGAAACUGAAAGCAAACCCACGUAUUAAUGAAGUAGAUCCUGAAAGCUUGAGAUGGACUCCUCUGUUAGUUUCUAAUGCUGCAGUUUCUGAAGAAGAGAGAGAAGCAGAAAAGGAGGCUGAGCGUCUGAUGGAGCAAGCUAGCUGCUGGGAAAAGGAAGAGCAAGAAAUAUUCUCCACAAGAUCUAACAGUAGGCAAUCACCUGCAAAAGUACAAUCUAAAAAUAAAUAUUUGCGAUCUCCAGAAAAUGUGGCAGUGGUGGGGGAACGAGGGCAAUCCACAGAGCAAUCUAAGGAGAGCAGUGAGGAGGAUGGUGGGGAUGAGAGUCAGCAGAGUUCGCCUCCCCGGCUGACAAAGCCACAGUCGCUGGCCAUGAAAAGAAAGAGACCUUUCCUACUGAAAAAGAAAAGAGGUCGUAAACGCAGAAGGAUUAAUAGCAGUGUUACAACAGAGACUAUUUCUGAAACUACAGAGGUGUUGAAUGAGCCAUUUGAUAACUCAGAUGAAGAACGUCCCAUGCCACAGCUGGAGCCUACCUGUGAGAUGGAUGGGGAAGAUGAUGACUUGAAGCCUGUGAUUAGAAAAGCUUUUGAGUAUCAGUCAGGGCAGCAGAAACAGGAGAAGGAGGAAGAGCAGAAAAAAGAGGAGAAAGACAUUCAUUGCUACAGGAGUGAUGACCAUUGUACAGAUAAUACAGAGGACGUAGCUGUAUUGGAAGAAGGCACUAAAGACAAUCUUGAACCUUUAAAGAGUAAGCAGGGUUGGCCCAAAGGAGUUAAGCGCGGUCCAUCUAAAUGGCGGCAAAACAAAGAAAGAAAACCUGGCUUUAAGCUUAAUUUAUACACUCCACCUGAGACUCCUAUGGAGCCUGACUAUCAGAUGCUGGUGGAAGAACAAAAGGAAGUAGCUGAAGAUAAGCCCUGUCCAGUUCCAGCUGUUACAGAGGAAGAGAUUAAAGAGCCUGUUGAAGUAUUACCACCGCUGGAUGAUGAGGAAAAAGAGAGAGAACCUGAACCUCUGCAUCCACCUGGUGAACCCUAUGAAAAACAAGAAAAUGAUGCAGUGAAAGCUGGGGAAGAAGAAAGGAAUGUAGAAGACAGUGAAAUCAAUUCAAAAGAUGCAGAAAAAGAUAAACCAGAAGAGGUUUUUCUGCAAAAAGAGGAGUCCAUGCACUUGGAUGAUCAUGAUGAGGAAGAGGAAGAUGAUGAAGAACCUUCUCACAAUGAAGAUCAUGAUGCAGAUGAUGAAGAUGAUAGCCACAUGGGUUCAGCAGAAGUGGAGAAGGAGGAUUUGCCUGCCGAAGCUUUCAAAGAAAUGCUGGAAACGCAGCAGUCUUUUUUAGACGUAAAUGUUCAGAGUGGUAAUUCAAAUCAGGAGGACUUGAUGGAUUGUGGUGUGGACCUUGCAGCUGAUGAGUGUGAAAGUGACCAGAAGGAAGUAGCUACAGAUUCAGACCCAGUGCCGGAAUCUGAUGAUGAUCAUACCGAAAACAAUCAGGACCAAAAAGCUGGUGAAGAAUUACAUUCCGAUUUCAAGGGAGAGAGUAAUGAGACUAUGGAGAUUGAUUCUGAGACAGUUCAAGCAGUACAGUCUCUAACUCAAGAAGCAAGUGAACAGGAAGAUACCUUUCAGGAUUGUGCGGAGACUCAGGAGGCCUGUAGAAGUUUGCAAAACUACGCCCAUACAGACCAAAGCCCCCAAAUGACCACGUUGGAUGAUUGUCAGCAGUCUGACCACAGCAGCCCAGUUUCCUCUGUGCACUCUCAUCCCAGCCAGUCAGUUCGUUCUGUUAAUAGUCCAAAUGUUGCUCCGUUAGAGAACAACUAUGCUCAGAUCAGCCCAGAUCAAAGUGCCAUUUCUGUGCCAUCUCUACAGAACAUGGAGACUAGCCCAAUGAUGGAUGUUCCCUCAGUUUCUGAUCAUUCACAACAAGUUGUGGAUAGUGGCUUUAGUGAUUUAGGAAGCAUUGAGAGCACAACAGAAAACUAUGAAAACCCAAGCAGUUACGACUCUACAAUGGGUAGUAGUAUCUGCGGAAACAACUCUUCACAAAAUAGUUGCUCGUACAGUAGCCUUACAUCUAGCAACCUAACACAGAGUAGCUGUGCAGUGACACAGCAGAUGUCUAAUAUUAACGGAAGCUGUAGUAUGAUGCAGCAAACAAACAUCAGUUCUCCUCCCACUUGCAACGUGAAAUCUCCCCAAGGUUGUGUUGUUGAAAGGCCUCCAAGCAGCAACCAGCAGUUAUCUCAGUGCAGCAUGGCCGCUAAUUUUACACCACCUAUGCAGUUAACUGAAAUCCCUGAAGCUGGCAAUGCCAACAUUGGCUUAUAUGAAAGAAUGGGUCAGAACGAAUUCGGACCAGGACACUACUCGCAGCCAUCGGCCACCUUCAGCCUUGCCAAACUGCAGCAGUUAACUAACACGCUUAUGGAUCAUUCUUUGCCUUACAGCCAUUCAGCUGCUGUAACUUCCUAUGCAAACAGUGCCUCUUUGUCCACCCCCCUAAGUAAUACAGGGCUUGUUCAGCUUUCUCAGUCUCCACAUGCUGUUCCUGGAGGACCACAAGCACAGGCUACCAUGACUCCUCCCCCCAACCUUACUCCUCCUCCCAUGAAUUUGCCACCUCCCCUUUUGCAGCGUAACAUGACUUCAUCGAAUAUUGGAAUAUCCCACACCCAAAGACUGCAGACUCAGAUGGCCAGCAAAGGUCACGUUUCUGUAAGAACCAAAUCUACACCUCUGCCACCUGCUGCAGCGGCCCAUCAGCCCCAGAUUUACGGCCGUGCUUCACAAACUGUGGCCAUGCAAGGGCCCACACGGACCUUAACAAUGCAGCGUGGUAUGAACAUGAGUGUAAAUUUGAUGCCAGCCCCAGCUUAUAAUGUCAAUUCAGUGAACAUGAAUAUGAAUACCCUUAAUGCUAUGAAUGGUUAUAGUAUGUCCCAGCCAAUGAUGAAUAGUGGAUAUCACAGUAAUCAUGGGUAUAUGAAUCAAACUCCCCAGUACCCUAUGCAGAUGCAGAUGGGGAUGAUGGGAACCCAGCCAUAUGCACAGCAGCCAAUGCAGACAGCACCCCACAGUAACAUGAUGUACAGUCCUCCGGGGCAUCAUGGCUACAUGAACACAGGCAUGUCUAAACAGUCUCUUAAUGGCUCCUACAUGAGAAGGUAGGCCCUUUGGAGUAACAAACUACCAAACUGGCGUAUUGGAUUGAUCUGCACAAGUAUCUUUUGGAGAGUACGAUUUCAAAACCAGCAAUUGGUGUGAACGCAAAAACAUUUGUUGGCACCAUUUAAAAGCUGUAUGCAGCAGAAAGCCUUAUACAAGUUUUUCUUUUUUCUUUUUUCUUCUUUUUGUUUGUUUGUUUUGCUUUAUCAUUUCGGGAUUUCUUUUCUUUUGGGGGGGGACUAGGUGAUUUUCCAUUUUUCCGUUUAUUUCACUGAGCUUGAAGUUCUCUGGAAAGGAAGAACUCUUUCUAUGAACUGCAAUUACACAGCAGCUGAUGGUUCAGAGCCAUUUUAUGUGCCUGCUCCCGUUAAAAAAUGUGGAUAAAUAGACUCCAAAACUAUCAGACAGUACUGAAUCUUGAGCUUUUCUUUCUCCUUUCCCCACGUGUAAAUGCCUUUUAGCAGUUCUUUUAUUGUAUUAUUUUGUUUCUGAAGGUGACACUUCCGCAUGCCGCUAAUGUCUUUGUUAGUGACAGUGCAUUUUGUAGUACUGUACAAGUGUUGUGCUUAACAGUAAGCCAUUUCUUAAUUUUUUUGCCUUGAUUAGGUUACCCUAGUUUGAGGGUAAAAAAAAAAACAAAAAACAAAACACAGAACUAUAUUUUUGUUAAUUAUAAAACUUGUAAAAAAAAUAAUAAUAAAAAAAAAAGCUGCAAAAGCUAUUCACAUUUUGGUUAGUUCAAAAGGUUUUAUUGCUGUAUGUUUAGUGUAAAGUUGAGACUCUUUUCCAUUUUAGUGACCGGUUUCUUUGGGGCUGGGGUAGGGAAAAAGGCAGCUUUCUGUUUUAUAAAUACUGUUUUGGGUUUUUGUUGAUUGAAAAACAUCUCAGUGUUUAUUUGUCAAGUUUUGAAACACUUUCAUAUAUGUCCAAAUACUUGGCAGGAUUUAAAAAAAAAAAAAUAGUGAAUUUGGUGUAAAGUUGCUAUUUUAUGGAAAUGCCUCUAACUUUACAUUUUCAUUCCAUCUGUAGAUUUUUCUAUCUUUAUAAAAUAUUGGAGUUAUUUUUUAAGGGAAAAAAUAGAGCAGUAGCGUGUGAAUAGCUCAAACUAAGCUUACAGAUCGCAUGUAAAAAGGCAAAAGUUAUUUGUGUCUGUUUAUAUUGCUUCCUUUUUUGUAGCCUUUGUACCUGUACAGAGUGACUGUAAGGGCCGAACAGAAGAGGCUUGAUACAUGUAAAAAUAGGACCCAGUGACACUCUUGUAUUUAUCUGUUAUCUUUUUAGUCAGUCACUUAAAACAACAAAAGAAAACAAACAAACAAAACAAAACAAAAAAAAAAACAAGAAAAAAAAAACCUGCAAAGAAA